AUGAGUAUUUUGUGGAUGCAUCGACAGCAAUAUAAUCCUUUAAUUUUUCGACACUUAGCUUCAUAUCUAAUUCAAUCAAUAACAAUGGCUAAUCUGCAUAUGAAAGAUCGUUUGUCACCCUACCCUGGCACUACAGAUGUUUAUAGAACAAUUGUACCCGAUGAAAAAGUUCCUUGGAGUGUCAAUUGGCCUGAUUAUAAACCAGUUGAAUAUACAGCACAAAAAGUUUUAAAAAAUCCACCAUGGGCUGAUGAUGUUAAUACAAAAAAGAUUAAACAUUAUAAUGAACUUGAUGGACAAAUUGAUCGAAGAAGUUUUAUGGGUGUGUAUAAAAUUGAUGAAGAUACAAAUCGACCGAAAAAUCCUCAAGGUCGUAUGGGAAUAUCAGGUCGUGGUUUACUUGGUCGAUGGGGACCAAAUCAUGCUGGUGAUUCGCUUGUAACACGUUGGUCAAAACAUCAACGUGAUAGUACACAAAAAGUUUUAGAAAUUAUACUCAUUAAUCGAAAAGAUAAUGGUCGUUUAGCUUUACCUGGUGGUAUGAUUGAUCCAGGUGAACAUGCAUUAGCAGCAGUCAAACGAGAAUUUAUUGAAGAAGCUUUGAAUUCAAAUCCUGAUGUUAUCAAACAGGUUGAUAAAUUAUUUAAAAAAGCUAAUUCAGUAUACAAAGGUUAUGUUGAUGAUCCUAGAAAUACAGAUAAUGCUUGGACAGAAACUGAAGCAAUAAAUGUGCAUGAUGAAACAGGUGAAUUAACAAAAGAUUUGGAAUUAGAAGCAGGCGAUGAUGCAACAAACGUAAAAUGGGUUCGACUUGAUCGUCAUUAUAAUGUACAUGCAUCACAUGAAUCUAUUAUUCAAAUGGUUAUUAAACAACAUGGAGGAUAUGAAUAUUGGCGUGAUAAUUAA